AUGGGCCACUUCGUUCGGCCUCCGAGGUUGCCAGUCUUAUUCUUCUCCUCCUCCAAGGGGAAGAAGGAUUUCUCCGGCGAGAAUUUGAAAGACUCGUUGCUGGAAGAAGAAGACAUGGUGGCGCCGAAGGGGUUCUUGGCGGUGUACGUGGGGGUCGAGAUGAGAAGACACGUGAUCCCGACGAGCUACCUCUGCUUUCCCGCCUUCCAAACCUUGAUGGAGAGGGUGGCCGAGGAGUUCGGAUACGAGCAGACGGGUGGGCUCAGGAUUCCCUGCGAAGAGGAGGACUUCCAACAGAUCCUCAGGGUCUUGCAGAAAUCGGAUUCGAGGAAGAACAAGAAAAAGAAGGCGAAGAAUUCGUUGUUGAAGUCGUAG